AGAUGCGCAUCAAGUUGCAGAGCUUUCCCCCCCUCCCUAUCUGUAGAGCGUGGUUCAGCGUUCAUUCGGCGACCACGGUAGAGGAACUCAAGUCCGUGCUAUGCAAAGAACUACCGGCGUUACUCGAUAGUGACCUGGAGUCGCGAGAGAUAGAUCUUGUGCUGGAUGACUUCGAGCUUCUUGACUUCAGUCCGAUCGACGUAAUCAGGGAUGGCGACCUCAUUCUCAUAAAGCAAAGGAGCUCUGUUGCUGGCAAGCGCAAAGCUUUGGAUGAUGGAAGCGCUACCCGAAAGCGCGUGAAGCGGUCAGAGGACGCGAAUCAGCCAGCACAAACCAAGAAGACUCCGUCUCAGAAGAGUCAGCAGCCCAGAUACCCUCACAAUACGACUGCCCUUCAUACGAUGCGCUCGAGCUCCUCGAGCUCCGAGUCUAUCAGCAGCUCGAGCUCAGAAUCAUCAGGCUCAGACUCCAGCAGCUCUGCAUCUUCAUCCGAGAGCGAGAGCUCGUCGUCUGACUCUGAUGGCUCUGAUUCUUCAUCGUCUGCGCCCUCCUCGGCCCCACCCGACCAAACGGCAAAUACGACAGAAAUCUUUGUGCCGCCUGGCCUUGGCAAACCCGCAACUCAUAGCCGCAAUGUCCGUCGUCGACGCAAGCAAAUGUUCGAGCGCUUGGCAACCACCGCUGAACCAGCGAGCGUGAACGAGAUACCCUUGGGCGCACGAGCACAGACUGUCCCGACAGUUCCGCCACCUGCUCCCGUCCAAGCACCAGUUGCACAGAACGGACAAGGGCCCGCCGCUCAGGACGGAAAACCGCCUAUCGUAUUCUCAUCAGCAGCAGAGGAAGCAGCUGUGGAGCGAACACUGCAGGAGGCGAUACCCUUCACGAAUACCGAGGAUCGGGAGGUCCUUGCGACGUUCUCGCGGCUGGUGCCACCAUCAGAAAAGCAAGAGAAAGGCUUGCUUCCGGCGAACAUGUUUGUGACAAGUGUGGACGUCGAGGCUGAUUUGCCUCGGAGGAAGAAGACGAAGAAAAAGAGGCAGGAGCCAGCUGUUGACUACGAAGAGGAUAUGGCGGAAGAUAUCGAGCUGCCGUAUGACGACCCAGUGGAAGCUGAGGCCGCUGUCAUUCCUUCGAACGGCGAGACUGGCUCAGCUGGCUCGUCUACCACGAUCAAUCGAGAAGAAGUCGAGUCGAAUUGGUCUUCGAUGUCAAAGAUCAGCGAAGCAUCACAAGUAACGGCGGGCAUGUUUGUCGCAUGGAAGGAACUGGGUAUCAAUCCCCAUACGUUUACUCCCGAAAUGCUCCUCAAUGUUGGCCGAGUGGUGAGCUGUGAACACCAGCUUGUUGUGGAGCAGCACGCCGAGCACGCUGCCACCGAGGUCUCUUUCGGUGGUCUGAUCACCACGGAGGACGAGCAGAACGUGGAGUUGGAGUACGAUUGGGUGGAUGCGUUCCAAGGUGAUUGGCGGAUCAUACAUGCGUAACGUACGAGCCUUCAUGACCGUACUAAACGUCAAUCUAUGGAAGGGCUGGUGCAAUGUGGUGCUAUAGCUAUGUGUCUGCGGUACGGAGUGAAGAGUGAGACUGGAGAUAUGCGUGCGAUACAUAUGUAUUGCGACAUGGUGAAUGAGUGACGAGGAUAUAUAACAGGAUGGUACAUGGGGAACGUGAAAAUCGGCACGACAGUAGAGUCAAUCCGCCUUACAUACAUUUACAUACAUACGUAGAUAAAAAUUUGAUAAACCG